AAGUAAUUUAAAUUCUGCCGAUGUGGCAACCAUUCGUUAUCAACACUUAACUGGAGAAGGUCGCGUAUAAAUUCUCGACAGCUGAGUUACAAUUAAAUAUUUGUAAAGGCCACAUUUUGUCAUCGUUGGAUAUACAUAUAUGUAGAACAAACGGCGAACAUGCACUCUCAAGGACAGGGCCCACAAUCGCAGUCGUCGGCACAUUCCCUAUUGCAACAGCAAUCAAUUGUAACAAUCAACAGUGCAGUUGGGAAACAAAAUGAACAUCAGCAAUCCCUAUCAUCUGUCGGUUUACUGGAGUUGGCUCAUAGAGAAUACCAAGCUGUGGAUUAUGAAAGUGCAGAAAAACAUUGCAUGCAAUUAUGGCGUCAAGAUAGUACAAACACUGGAGUGUUGUUAUUGUUGUCAUCAAUUCAUUUUCAGUGCAGAAGGCUUGAUAAGUCUGCGCAAUUUUCUACUUUGGCAAUAAAACAAAAUCCUGUACUGGCUGAAGCUUAUAGUAACUUAGGAAACGUUUACAAGGAACGAGGGCAGCUGCAGGAAGCUUUAGAUAACUAUCGCCGAGCCGUACGUCUUAAGCCUGACUUUAUAGACGGAUACAUUAAUUUAGCUGCUGCAUUAGUGGCUGCUCGAGAUAUGGAAUCUGCAGUACAAGCGUAUAUAACAGCAUUACAAUAUAACCCAGAAUUGUAUUGUGUGCGCAGUGAUCUGGGAAAUCUUCUCAAGGCUCUUGGUCGCUUGGAAGAAGCUAAAGCUUGCUACUUAAAGGCAAUUGAAACCUGCCCUGGAUUCGCAGUUGCAUGGAGUAAUUUGGGCUGUGUUUUUAAUGCACAAGGAGAGAUUUGGUUAGCUAUACAUCACUUUGAAAAGGCGGUAACACUCGAUCCAAACUUUUUAGACGCAUAUAUAAAUUUGGGAAACGUUCUUAAGGAGGCCAGGAUAUUUGAUAGAGCUGUAGCUGCUUAUUUGCGUGCUUUAAACCUAUCGCCGAAUAAUGCUGUAGUCCAUGGAAAUUUGGCAUGUGUUUAUUAUGAACAAGGCCUUAUUGAUUUGGCCAUCGACACGUAUAGGCGCGCAAUAGAACUGCAGCCAAAUUUCCCCGAUGCAUAUUGUAAUCUUGCAAACGCUCUCAAAGAGAAAGGACAGGUAUAUUCCAUUCUCUAA